AUGGGUAUCGAUAUGCUCGUCAACGCAAAGGGCGGUGUUGCCAACCCACACCACACUAUUCCAUCCAUUCCCUCUCCCGACCAAAUCCACCUACCUCAGAUUGCCGCCUCCCGGCCCAUGACCGACCCCUUGGAUCGAUCCGUUUCUCCCCACGGCUCGAUACAUUCGACACAUUCUCGAUACUCGACGCCUAGAUCGGGCGAUAUUCCCGACACGCUUCCUCGGUCAUAUCCUUCCCCAACCGCGAUGCUUCAUGCUCAUGACCCCCAGCUCGGCGCACCCAUGUCUCUGCCGAGCAUGCCACCCACGAGUAUAGCUCAACAUUAUCAGACCGAGUAUAAGCCGGCCCCUGUCCUUCCAGGCACCUGGAACCAGUCCAUCCAGCCCAUGCCCACCCAACAACCCGCUCCUCAGCCGCCCGUGAAGGCAUACCCGUGUAGCACUUGUGGGAAGGGUUUCGCCAGGCGUAGCGAUCUGGCGCGACAUGAGCGCAUUCACACCGGUCACCGACCUCAUGUGUGUGAUUACCCUGACUGCGGCAAGCAGUUCAUUCAGCGAUCUGCCCUGACGGUGCAUUACCGCGUGCAUACUGGCGAGAAACCGCAUAUGUGCGAGAGGUGUGGAAGGACCUUCAGCGAUAGCAGCUCGCUCGCUCGUCAUCGACGUACCCAUUCGGGUAACCGGCCUUACAAGUGCCCCUACGCCAACUGCCAAAAGACUUUUACUCGCCGUACAACUUUGACGAGACACCAGAACCAGCAUAUUGGCACGAUAGAGGAGGCUGCUGCUGCUACUGCGGCGGCUCUUGCGUCCCGAAUGAACGGCGUGAAAGGAAUCAAGGCCGAGAUAGAACAGCUGUCCAGCCACAUCUCUCCCGUCACUACUCCUUCUCCUGGUCAAAGGAAUUUGUCUAUGUCUCCUAGUGCCCAGCUUGACGGAACUGGUCUUCCGAGGCAAGAUUUCCAGCAGUAUGUCACGAACAGCUCUCUCCCGGCCCACUUGAGGAGUGAUAUCCACAUUGGCAGCCCAACUUCGACGACAUCUGCUGGCUACAACCCUAUCCGACCCACCUCCCACCCAACGAGCUACCCGCCUCCUACACUGGAGCCUAGCGUCGAGAGCCAUAACUCCGGUCCCGGCAGCGCCAGCGGUAGCCCUCACAUGAGCAGCCUUGGGUGGCAAUCUCCCACCCAUUCUGGCUCGCCUUCUCAAAGUAGCGCCAACGCUUUCAUGUACCCUGAUCCCGACUACCAAACAACGACGAACAAUAUGAAUCAGUUCUAUUACGCCCACACGGGUCAGAUUCGCAGGCCCCAGAGCACGGAACCCAACUUGGUGUCCAUCUCAUGA